AGGGCGCAAUCUAGAGUAUUAUAAAUCUAUGAAUGAAAAUGACUUGUUCAAAUUGAUUCAUCAAAAUAAAUUGAAUAAGUGCACCGGGUACUUUCUGAUUAUUUAAUUUGUUUCAUCAACGUCUACUAGUGAAUCAAUCAAGAAGCGUACGAGUUAACGGUUUUGUUUAUGUCCAUUUGUUUGUAUAAUUUUUCAAAUAGUCAUAUAUUUUUAAAUAGUGUUAUCUUAUCACUAUAAAAUUAUUGUUAGAAUGGAAAAGACCGUAAUGUAAAUAACCUAUGAAUUAAGAAGUCAUGCAUUCAUGUGAACACCAAAGAAAAUGAAGAUUUCAAAGGCAGUUCCUUUCUUUGUUUUCUUGUUUACUACAGCUGUUUAUGGAGAACAAAAGUGUAACUAUUCUGACCUAACAGAGGACGAUGGGUGCGGUCCAAACGAAUGGUGUGUAAAAACGAACAAAUGUGAAUGCAUACCUCAGUACAAAAGAAAAGAUAAUACUUGUAUACUUGAGACUAGCGAUGAUCCCAAAUCAUCAAACUACUCCAAUCUAGUAGAUAAUCAAGGUAGCGGAGCUAUAGUGGCUGGCAUUUUAAUUCCACUAUUUUUAAUAGUAUUUGUUAUGUGUGGUGUAUAUUUGACGAGAAAGUAUCAUCUUGUUUCGUGGUUGCGAAGUAGGUUACAUAGAAGGAACGAAACGUAUGAUGAGUUUAUGAUAGGACAAGAUGAUGACGAUGAACCACUCAGUUAAGUUCCCCUGCAGAGCUUUUAACAUUCAUGAAAGUUCAAAUGUUAUAUUUUUUGUUAUGAUGCACAGUACAACACACAUUUUCAUGUUAUAAGCUGUUUCUAGGUUCCUAUUAUACCAGAUAUGGAUAGAAGUAAAUUAAGCGCUAGAUUAUUUCAUUGCCCUAAUAAAAACAAAAAUAUCCUAGUCGUGAUAUUAUUUUGUCGUGUUUUGUUUAGAUCGUGAUUUAAAUGAAUCAAAUUGCCUAUAAUAUUUUCAUAACAGUUCAGUUAAAAUCAUUGAAUUUAUUUGUGGUCAUUUUGGUGAAAUAUUAAGACUUUUUCUGAAUGUCGCUUUAAGCGUAAAAACAGACGAACCACAAAGUAGCUUCUUUAGUAGUGUGGAUCCACAAAGUAGUCACUUUGUGGAUCCACAGAGUAGCGCUGCAAAGUGGUUCGUUUGUUUUUGCUCUUAGGUACCUGCGCACUUGACAAAACCGAACAAUAACGGAACGUACCGUUAUAGCCCGAAAUUAAAUGCUGUAACACGCAUUUUCUGGCAAAAUUACGUUAGCUCGGUCAGAGGAUUUACAUAUUUCAGGGAAGACAUAGGCGUAACUAGCGGCGUUUUGGGAGUUAGAACCCCCUCCCCCAUUUUGGACGUACUUUGAGCUCUAUAUGCUUAACACCAUUACGAUUCCAUACCCCCAGAGACCUUCUUCUUCUUGCAGUACCGUCUCCUAUCGGAAGUUGGCUACCAUCACAGCAAUCUUAACUUUGUUCGCUGCAGCUCUGAACAACUGUAUUGAACUGCACCCAUACCACUCUCUUAAAUUUCGCAACCAGGAAAUCCUCCUUCGUCCCACAUUUCUCUUUCCCGAGAUUUUUCCUUGGAUGAUGAGUCUUAGCAGAGAGUACUUUUCUCCUCUCAUUAUGUGGCCUAGAUAUUCCAGUUUUUUCGUUUGUAUGGUUUUUAUGCCCCAUCUUCAGCAGAACAUCUUGAUUUGUUACUCUUUCUGUCCAUGGUAUUUUCCACAUUCUCCUGUAACACCACAUCUCGAAUGCCUCAAUAUUUUUGAUGUUUAUCUUUUUCAGCGUCCAAGCUUCCAUGCCGUACAGCAGAACGGAGAAAACAUAGCACCUCAACAUUCUUGUUCUUAAGUUUAUAUUUAUGUCCCGGCUGCAUAGGAACUUUUUCAUUUUGACAAACGAUUGUCUCGCUAUCUCUAUUCGCCUCUUGAUUUCUCUUGUCUGGUCAUUAGUAUCAGUGAAGCAAACCCCUAAAUAUUUGUAGGACGUAACUCUUUCAACUGGCUGAUUAUUUAUUGUUAAAUUCACAUUGGUGUAUAGUUUCUUCGUUACAAUCAUGAAUUUAGUCUUUUUGAUGUUCAGUUUUAGACCAUAUUUAUUGGUAUGAGUGUUUAUGUUUUCCAUCAAAUACUGUAAAUUUGCUAGGUUAUCUGUUACUAUUAACGUAUCAUCAGCGUAUCGUAUAUUGUUGAUUAACUCUCCGUUAAUGUUCAUACCAAUAUUUUGCUCUAGGAGUGCUUCCUGACACUGGAAGACCGUCUGGGGUGCUUCCUGACACUAUGUCAGGAAGCACCCCAGAGACCAUCCAGUAGUUUUACUCCCCCUUCCUUAAGGAUCAUUCUGAUUACACCGUUGAGGGAAGAUGUAUCCAAAAAUUAUUAUUGUUAGUUUGUUGUGUAAGGAAGAGAAACAACAGAAAUUGGAGUUUCCAAAAAGGAAGCGUAGUAACUGCGUGCAAGAAAAAUGAGUAAAAGGCGAGACACGGAAAGUGAAUUGGCUACUUUAUUUCCUCAUUUCAUCGAUCAUCAAGACAAAUUUUAUCAAUACUUUAGAAUAGGUUACGGAAAAUAUCAAAAACUCUUAUCUAUUGUAAAAAUUGAUGUAACAAAACGAAAUACAACUUUUAUAAGCUCUAUUUCGCUAGAACAUCGCAACAUUUUCCCAUUUUAAUAAUUGUCUCAUGUGCUCUGAUAUUGCCUUCCAGUACUUAUUUUUCUUUCUUUAAUUGAAAUAGUCACUAAAAUUAUACAACUCCUUAUACCCACAAUGAGUAUUAUUAAUAGUUCGUCCUUUUUAUUUUCCGAUUUCAUGUCGAUAUGUCAGUUUUACUAUGGCUUUUCUAGGGAGUUGUUUUAACAUUUCACUGGCAAGUAAAACCCAGGUGUUUUCAUAGGAUUAAUGUUUUCUUUAAUGUCUUUGGCCACUUUUAUGGAGUGAUUAGUUAAUUUCACCUUUUUCUUGUGCGAUGUUUCCCAGACGUUAUUUAUCACCUUCGUUUGACUGGAUUUUUUUGAGAUUUCAACAAAAUUAUGUAGAUUGUCCAGUAAUUCUUCAAUUUAUUGUUAUAGUCCUUGGUUUUUAAGCCCUGUAGUACUACUCAAAUUUUUUUGGAACUGUGCUAAGAUUACUAUAGGCUGGAUCAGUAUUUGUCCUGUUCCAAGUUUCAGCUUUUUGGUUUUCCCGAUAUUAAUAUGUAAAUCGUGAACUAACAAUAGAUACUUUAUCGAAGAGUCUCUGGAGAUCUCCAAAUUGUUGGCUACUACAGCUGUAUCGUCAGCAUAUCUGAUGUUGUUGACAUUACUAUUUAGAUAAUAUAAAAUAGUAUUUUACUCUAAAAUUUAGCUAGUUUUAAAGGCCACAAUACAAACUAAACUAUCGAAAAUGUGCCAUACAUUAAUUUUAAUACAUUAAAUAUUAUGUACUGACUGACCGUAUCCAACAAAUGCCUCGAAACCUACAAUUAAACUAUAGAAGUUUCUCACAACGAUACAAGUGCUUUGCAUCUUGUGUAUAUAAUUUAUUACUCCUGUUGAGCUGCCCCUCCCCCCCACCUUGCAGAAAUUAAAAAACAAAUAGCGCUAUAUUACGAGCUUUCAUAUCCCGUAGAUUAAAAAUUUUAAGCUCAUUACACUGGGCAGGAAUUUAAUAUUUUUUGUGGCGGGGCUGAGUCAAGGUUGACUCAGCUCCCUUACUACUUAAAAAAAGAGAUAUUGAAUCGAUCUUUGCGGCAGAAUUACGAGCUAUUUAUGAGAUUUUGAAUUGAUAUAAUUUCGAUUUUUGAGCUCAUCCCCUUAACCCCCAUUUAGCUCGAGAGAAAAAUGUCAAGAAAAAUUAAAUUAUAUCGUAUCGCGGAUAUAAUUUGUAUAGCUUAUAAAUUCUAAGAAUAUCUUAACAUAGGCGCAUUUCGAAUAUUGAGCUACAACCCCUUCGCAAGAAAACCUCUCCAUCUUCCCGGCUUAAGAGAGAAUUGUACUUAAAAUGAAUAAAAUUAUUUAUUUUGCGACUACAUAUCGUUUAUACAUAACAUAUUAUAUGUGUAUACAAUAUAAAAUAUACAAAAGAAAUUGCAAUUCAAUAAUCGAAAUCGCGUAUUUUGCUAACUCAUAAAUUAGUAAACGAUAUGUAGUCGCAAAUAAUUAAUUUUAUUCAUUUUAAGUACAAUUCUCUCUUAAGCCGGGAAGAUGGGGAGGCUUUUUUGCGAAGGGGUUGUAGCUCAAUAAUCGAAAUGCGCGUAUUUUAAGAGUAUUCUUGGAAUUUAUACGCUAUACAAAUUAUAUCCGCGAUACGAUGUUGAAUCAAUUAAAUAGUUGUUUGGGGGUUAAGGGGAUGGACUCAAUAAUCAAAACUAUAUCACUUCGAAAGCUCAUAAAUAGCUCGUAAUUCUGCCGCAAAGAUCGAUUCAAUGUCUCUAUUUUUAAGUAGUGGGCUGAGUCAACGUUGACUCCACACACACAAAAAAAAUAUUAAAUUUCUCCCAGUGUAACGAGCUAAAAAUUUUUAAUUUGCGGGAUAUGAAAACUCAUUAAUAGGUCUUAAUUUAGCGCUAUUUGUUUUUUAAUUUCUGCAAGGUGGGAGCCAGCUCAACAGAAUGUAUUAAUUUUGCUUUUCAUAAAAGCAUCAUCCUCUUUGCCCUGCUUUAAUGGAAUUGUAGUAAUCUGAUCUCGUUCUUCAGUAUUCACGAAGUUCAAAAACGUCAGAACAAAAGUUUACCUGGUAAAUCAUGAACCUAGAACGCCUCAUAUUUGCCCUAUAUACUUUGUGAUCUUUCUGUUUCUAGAAGAGUUGUUCAAAUGAAUGACCAUAUUAUAUUUUAAAGAAUUACAUUGUAAGGACCUUGUAUUUUGUAUAUUUUGCACUCUGUAUGUUGAUAUUUUAAUGUUAAAGGACAAAAUGUCAUACCAAAGGUAAAAAUUGUUAGCUAAGUAAGCAUAAAUAAAAAGCUAAUUUAUUAUUA